CACUCUGGAUUUUACUGUGUAUUUCUUUAAAUGACAUACAGGGCACAAUCUGUUUGUAUUUCUUCCUUUCACAGUUUUUGCUCCAAUGGCAGAAGCAGACGAGUUGUGCGAUUUGCUGUUUUUAUGGCUGAAAAAGAGAAAGCAGUGUACAGAGAAGCUGUUGGCUUUGGCGGAGGAGUUGGAGAAUGUACAUGAAAAAAGUACCGUUUCUCAAGUGGUCGGAUCUGCCACAUCCGUGAUUGCAUUGUCUACAGCAGGAGUCGUCACUUUCCUGACAGGAGGCCUGGCCACCCCUCUUCUGGUUGCCACAACUGUGGGGACGAUAGCGGGCGCUGCAGUCGACAUCGCUUCCACAGCAAUAGAGGCAAUCAUCUCCGGCAGUACCAUGAACGAAGCUAAAAAUAUCAUCCAAGAAGAUGAGAAGAUUGGAGAGAACAUUCAGGAGGCAAUAGAAAAUCUGAAGAAGAAAUGUGGAGCGCAACAAAACGGCGUUCAUGGAUCUACAGAUGCAGGUUGUGAGGUGGCCACUCAAAUUAUGGGGGCACUGGCCAGACGAAAUAACGUAGAUGUACCUCUGGACUUUCUCAGAACAUUCGUCAGGUCCACAUUCUCUCAGAAUUUAGGUGGACUGCAUGCUGCUGCUGCUGCUGUUCCCCAAAUGUUGAUUUUAUCUGCUGUAACAUUAUGUUUUCAACUGGGCAUCGAAAGCUUCGAGAAAGGUUUGCAGGCCGGUGCCAAAGGACUGGGCAAGAGCGCUGCAUCCACUAGUGCGAAAGCUGCUACUAAAGCAGGUUUUAAGUUACUUGGCGUGAUUGGUUUUGGCAUCUCUCUGUACAGCUUGAUUUCGAGUUGUGAAGAAAUGCUAAAGAGCAAUCAGGGCACAAAGGCCAGCCAGGCUCUACGAGAUGCAGCCAGGGAAAUACGAGAAGCCAGGAGAAACCUAGAAGAACAACUGGAUGCAAUGAACGAAAUCACAAAAAAAAUGUGGGAAAUGAAAAAUCUAAUCAAGAACUUGCGGAAAUAUUCUCUUAGCAUGACUGAGAUUGGACAGAAAAUCAUUAAUUACGUCAUUCAAUCAUGGACGGAUGAUGCGGUCGUUUCCUGGCUGAAGACGUUACCUCAUCAGAUUCAGUUUGUAAACCUUCUUUAUUUUUUUACUGAGAGGUUGAAUCAGCUUCCAGAUCGUCUGAAAAAGAACCGUGGAGGUCACAUAGACAUUGUGAUUGUGGCUCAUGGUGAAAUCACGAACGGGCUCAUGCCAGCAAGUCUCCUGAUGCCUACUCCUACCAUUAUUGACACCGUUCUCUACUCUCCGUGGAACUGCCUAAUUGAUGCCUAUGCUGCAUGUGAGAUUCUACCGACAUAA